CCCCGGAACCGCUCCCCCGGAACCGCUCCCUGCCCGCGCGCGCUCCCGCCCGGCGCGCCCCCGGGAGGCGGGCCCGGCCGCGCGCGGGCCAUGGAGGAGCGGGGCGGCCACGCCGGCGGCUUCAGGAAGGACACCGUGGAUCGGCUUCUCCGCCUCCAUUUCCGGGACGGGAGGACCCGAGUUAACGCGGACGCGCAGCUGCUGAUGGCCGAGCUGCUGAAGGUCUUCGUGCGAGAAGCAGCGGCACGGGCAGCUCGGCAGGCCCAGGCAGAGGACCUGAACAAGGUGGACAUUGAGCAGCUGGAGAAAGUAUUGCCACAGUUGCUUCUGGAUUUCUAGAGGCCUCCUGAAGCACAUGUCACCUGUCAGCAGACAGUCCUGGUCUGACACGUGUCUCAGCCUCAGAGAUACUCUGCGACAAACAGUCUCAGCUUUUUCUUCCUCUGCCAUUUUGCCUCUGUUUCCUCUCUCCUUUACCAAGCACAACACAGCCCAAAGCAACGAUGCUAUCAGAUACCAUUUUUGAAAAGAGGGUACCACAGGCUUAAUUUGUUCAGCUGAGUACAUAACUGGUUUCCAUCUUGCUGCCUUACUUCUGUAACAGAGGCCUGUAUUUCACAACAUGGUAAGAAGCUGUUGCUUUCUCAGCUAAUGUGAGAAAGAGGUGCUGCUUCACAGAGAUGCAUGGAAAGACUUAAUGACUUAAUGGGAAUACCAUCCAACCUUCAGGCUCUCACUGCCUCAAGCAGGCAGCUGUAACAGCAACUCCAGGUGCAGCUCCAAGCCUUCUUAAUGAAUAGGUCAUUAACAGGAGCUUAGUCACAGGCUCUUGCCAAAAGCAGGUAACUGAUCUUUAUUUUAUAAAUAAACAGUGUGUGUCCCUCACUACCUUCCAGUAUGUCUCGGGCUGUGACAUCAAAGAAUGCCUGAAACCUUUUAACCAUUCAAUAUUCUCCUCAGAGGCUGCUCCCCCUCUGCUAUAAAUUUGUUCUCACAAAGAAACAUCAGUAAUUUAAAAACAAGUCCUUGUGUAGGCUCUUUGCUGCAAUUCAUCAUCAAAAGUCAAGUUGCUUCAAAGACUUGCAGAGCUUCCCCCUCACCCACCCUCUUCCCUAAAUCUUUGUAGGGCGAAAGGAAAAAAGGACAAAAUAACAAACAGCAUGUGUGAGAAUCCCACAUCACGGGACAGGCUGGCCCCUCUGGCAGCGCGGGGGGGCACUGUGAAAUCAGAAACCUCACACAUGUGGGCAGGAGCCAGGAGCCGGGUGGCGUUGCUGAGCGCAGGGCUGGCUGCACGGAGCGCUCCGGCGCUGCCCCGCUGCAGCAGCAGCCAGAGCAGCGCUCCUGGGCUCAGGCUCAGCGGGACACUGUGAGCUGGGCGCUAUCGGGGUCAUCCUUCAGGAAAAACUGCCGUUCCAUACACGUUCUGUGACAGUACCAGCCUAAGCAGUGCCCAGCCCUCGGCACUGCGGCUUCUCAGCCAAAACAACUGUUCAGCUGUACAACACAUGCAGUGAAGGAACUGACCUAGUUCAGUUGUCAGUCCCACAAUCAUAGGUAAAAAGAAAAGCCAAUAGCAAAAAAAAAAAAGAA